AUGUUUCCUUCAUAUAUUCGAUGUAUUCGAAUUAUUUUAUUAUUAGUAAUAGUUUUUAAUAAUAAUUUGAGCAUUGUAAAAGGACAAGAACCACCAUUUCCAUUUAGUAUAGCGCAAUAUAUUCAAAUUACAGAUAGUUUAGCAACUUUAAGACAAAUAUUAGCUUAUCCAGGAUUAAUCGAAGUAUUUACAUUAUUGGAUGGAAACGCAUCAUUUACACCAACCACCGGAGGACAAAAGAUUACAUUAUUUGCACCGUCAAAUGAAGCGUUAAUUUCAUCAGGAAUCGAUUUAUCAAAUGUUGAGUUUAUGUCAAAUUUAAUCAAAUAUCAAACAUCUCCAGUUGCGGUACAUUCCAAGGAAAUAGCGCCGUAUUUAAUUGUAAAAACAUUGUUAAAUGAUCCAUUGUUGGUUCAAUUACCAGCUGGGGAAGGACAAGUCCUUUAUUUAACCAAGGCUUUGGGGGGAGAUAUCAUCACAGUUGGUAAUGGCAAUUUAUCAGCAAAAGUUAUAAAAAAAGAUAUUGAAUGUUCCAAUGGAGUUGUACAUAUUAUCGACGCAGUUAUAAUGCCACCUGUCUCAUUAAUUAAUACGGCAGAUAAUUUAGCAUUAACGCAAUUUACACGUGCAUUCACAGAUGCAAAUUUACUAACUGACGCUAAUAUAAUAAAAGGGGUAACAAUAUUCGCACCAACAGAUGAUGCAUUUAAUAAACAGAAUAUUUUGGCAAUGGAUGCAAAGGGAAAGAAUUCAUUAUUACCACUUCACAUAAUUAACACAUUAGUAUAUGAUAUUAAAGAUGAUACGAGCAUCCAAGCGAGUAACGGAGAGAAAUUGGAUUUUAUAUUGAAAAAUGAAGGAGGAUUAAAUAUUACAAUUUAUGUUAACAAUGCAAAAGUGGAACGAUCAGUAUUGUUAGAAAAUGGAGUAAUGCAUGUUGUUAAUAACGUACUAUUGCCAUUAGGACAAGGAGGAGAAGUAGUACAUGAUGAUGAUGACAAAAAAGGACCAAAAGAUGAUAAAAGUAAUGAUAAAACAAAGAAUAAUGCGAAUAUAAAUUCCGAAUAUAAACACACAGACAAGAAAUUGGUAAUCGGUGCCGUUUUGGGAGGAGUUUGUGGUGGAAUUGUUGUAACAUUAUCAUCUUGUAUGUUAUAUAAAUGGUUCAGAGCGCAAAAAAAUAGUAAAUUCAAUUCUCCAACUCCCGUCCAUCUUAAAAGCAAUGCAUAA